CGGCGCCGACGCCAGGCGCUGGCCGUGGUGCUGAUUCUGUCAGGCGCUGGCGGCGGCGGCGGCGGCGGCGGCCCCGCUCCCUCUCCCCUGCCGGACCCCGCUCUGCCAGCCCCGCGCCCACGUCUUGCCAAGCCCCUCACCCUCCCGCCGCGGCCCCUGCCCGGGGCGCGGCCGCAACCAACACCAUGCGCCCAGCAACCCUGCUGCUCCUGCCCGCGCUGCUGGCGCUCCUGGCUCACGGACUCUCCUCUGAGGCCCCAACCAUGGGGGAAGGGCAAGCCACAGGCAUCAAGGAGAUGGAUGGGGAGCUGACAGCGGUCCCUACACCUGAGCAGCCAGAACGAAGUGUCCACUUUGUCACCACGGCCCCCACUCUGAAGCUGCUCAACCACCACCCACUGUUGGAGGAAUUCCUGCAAGAGGGGCUGGAGACGGGCGAGGAGGAGCUGAGGCCAGCGCUGCCUUUUCAGCCUGACCCACCUACACCCUUCACUCCAAGCCCCCUGCCCCGCCUGGCCAAUCAGGACAGCCGCCCAGUCUUUACCAGCCCCACCCCGGCCAUGGUUGCAGCACCCACACAACCCCAAUCCAGAGAGGGACCUUGGAACCUGGAGUCAGAGGCCCCAGUGCUUCGGAUCACAGCUCUUCUACCUCCAGGGCCCAGCAUGGCAGCGCCCACCCUACGCCCAGGGGAGAGGCCCAGUACUACACCCCCCACCAGAGCAUGGACUCCAACUCAAGAGGGUCCUGGAGACAUGGGCAGGCCAUGGGCUCCAGACAUCAUGUCCCAGACCAUGGGGCUUGGGAUGGAGGGAACCAUCACCACCUCCACAGCUUCAGGGGAUGACGAGGAGACCACCACCACCAGCACCAUCAUUACCACCACCAUCACCACCGUCCAGCCACCAGGCCCUUGUAGCUGGAAUUUCUCUGGCCCAGAGGGCUCUCUGGACUCCCCUGUAGCCCCCAGCUCACCCUCUGAUGUCGGCCUGGACUGUUUCUACUAUAUCUCUGUCUACCCUGGCUAUGGUGURGAGAUCAAGGUUCAGAACAUCAGCCUCCGGGAGGGGGAGACAGUAACCGUGGAGGGCCUGGGGGGCCCUGAUCCGCUGCCCCUGGCCAAUCAGUCUUUCCUGCUACGGGGCCAAGUCAUCCGCAGUCCCACCCACCAAGCAGCCCUGAGGUUCCAGAGCCUCCCACCACCGGUUGGGCCUGGCACCUUCCAUUUCUACUACCAAGCCUAUCUCCUGAGCUGCCACUUUCCCCGACGUCCAGCUUAUGGAGAUGUGACUGUCACCAGCCUCCACCCAGGAGGCAGUGCCCGUUUCCACUGUGCCACUGGCUACCAGCUAAAAGGUGCCAGGCUCCUUACCUGUCUCAACGCCACCCAGCCCUUUUGGGAUUCCCAGGAACCUGUCUGCAUUGCUGCCUGCGGUGGAGUGAUCCGCAAUGCCACCAUCGGCCGCAUUGUCUCUCCGGGCUUCCCGGGAAACUACAGCAACAACCUCACCUGCCACUGGCUGCUUGAGGCUCCUGAGAGCCAGCGGCUGCACCUGCACUUUGAGAAGGUCUCCCUAGCAGAGGAUGACGACAGGCUCAUCAUUCGCAAUGGGGACAAUGUGGAGGCCCCGCCUGUGUAUGAUUCCUACGAGGUGGAAUACCUGCCCAUUGAGGGCCUGCUCAGCUCUGGCAGACACUUCUUUGUGGAGCUCAGUACUGACAGCAGCGGGGCAGCUGCAGGCAUGGCCCUGCGCUAUGAGGCCUUCCAGCAGGGCCACUGCUAUGAGCCUUUUGUCAAAUACGGCAACUUCAGCAGCAGCGCACCCUCCUACCCUGUGGGUACCACCGUGGAGUUCAGUUGUGACCCUGGCUACACCCUGGAACAGGGCUCCAUCAUCAUUGAGUGCAUUGACCCCCACGACCCCCAGUGGAAUGAGACAGAGCCGGCCUGCCGAGCUGUGUGCAGUGGGGAAAUCACAGAUUCAGCCGGCGUGGUGCUCUCCCCCAACUGGCCAGAGCCCUAUGGCCGUGGGCAGGACUGCAUCUGGGGUGUGCACGUAGAAGAAGAUAAACGCAUCAUGCUGGACAUCCGAGUGCUGCGCAUAGGCCCUGGUGAUGUACUUACUUUCUAUGAUGGGGAUGAUCUGACAGCUCGAGUCCUKGGCCAGUACUCGGGGCCCCGUGGCCACUUCAAGCUCUUUACCUCUAUGGCUGAUGUCACCAUCCAGUUCCAAUCGGACCCAGGGACUUCAGUGCUGGGCUAUCAGCAGGGAUUUGUCAUCCAUUUCUUUGAGGUUCCCCGCAAUGACACAUGUCCAGAGCUGCCUGAGAUCCCCAAUGGCUGGAAGAGUCCAUCACAGCCUGAGCUGGUGCAUGGCACUGUGGUCACUUACCAGUGCUACCCUGGCUACCAGGUGGUGGGAUCCAGUGUCCUCAUGUGCCAAUGGGAUCUAAGCUGGAGUGAGGACCUGCCUUCAUGCCAGAGAGUGACUUCCUGCCAUGACCCUGGGGAUGUGGAACAUAGCCGACGCCUCAUAUCCAGCCCCAAGUUUCCUGUGGGGGCCACCGUGCAGUAUAUCUGUGACCAGGGUUUUGUGYUGACGGGAAGUGCCAUCCUCACCUGUCAUGACCGCCAGGCUGGCAGCCCCAAGUGGAGUGAUCGGGCCCCCAAGUGUCUCUUGGAACAGCUCAAGCCGUGCCAUGGCCUCAGCGCCCCUGAGAAUGGUGCCCGCAGUCCUGAGAAGCGGCUACACCCAGCAGGAGCCACUGUCCACUUCUCUUGUGCCCCUGGCUAUGUGCUAAAGGGCCAGGCUAGCAUCAAGUGUGUGCCUGGGCAUCCCUCGCAUUGGAGUGACCCCCCACCCAUCUGUAGGGCUGCCUCUCUGGAUGGGUUCUACAGCGGCCGUAGCCUGGAUGUUGCCAAAGCACCUGCUGCCCCUAGCACCCUGGAUGCUGCCCAUAUCGCUGCUGCCAUCUUCUUGCCACUGGUGGCAAUGGUGCUGUUGGUGGGAGGUGUGUACCUCUACUUCUCCAGGCUCCAGGGAAAAAGUCCCCUGCAGCUUCCCCGAACGCGUCCUCGCCCCUAUAACCGCAUCACCGUGGAGUCAGCAUUUGACAAUCCAACCUAUGAGACUGGAUCUCUUUCCUUUGCAGGAGACGAGAGAAUAUGAAGUCUCCAUCUAGGGGGGAGCAGCCCAGGCAGGUUCACGCAGCCCAGCAUCAUGGCUCCUGGCUUCCUGCUGUCGCUCCAGCUCCUGUACAUACCACCUGGGAAGAGAUGCCAUCCAUCCCUCAAGAAGUUGUGCAAUGCCUACGAUGGCCUAUUUUCUUGGCACCACUGCUCACUUAGGGCCCUUCCUUAGGCCCAAGUC